AUGUCGUCCAAAUUUGAUUUCACAAAGAUCAACUGGGUGAAAAAUGACAAGUACUCUAUAGUCAAGGCUUAUAGAGAAGCUUUGCAGCUACAGGAACAACAAAAAAAGAGACGGCUGCUAGACACCCAAACCGAUCCGAGCAGCAAUACAAAACGGCCGAGCCAGGGCGGAUCAUCAGAUGCUCCACUUCUUAAUGGCACGGUAGUCGAGCGAGAAGAUGUCGAUCAGAAAGACAGUACAAAGCCAGACAACGGGUCCGAUAAUGGGGCGCUUGUCGUGGCGUCUGACUCGAACCGUGACCAAGACCAACAGAUCCGAAAACGACGAGCUUCAUCUCCCCACGAAUCUCAAUUAGAGCAAGCUGUCGCAGUUUCUCGACCCUCCGCCUUACAAUACACAUAUCCUCGAUCUAGAUUGACCAAAAUGCAGAGUCAGCGCGCCAAAAGAUUUCAGCGUCCGAAGUUUAGUACACCAACUUUCUGGCCCGGCGUGAAAUCACUCUUGCCAAGGGCGCCUAUCCAUGACCCGGUGCCAUCGUUGGCCAACAACAUAAUUCAAGCUCCUCCGCUCGACGAUACCAACGGAUUCUCUCUUUUAUCGAAUAAUGUUGGCAGUGAAAUCAGUUUUCAACCGUCUCCGCAGAGUUUGCGACGACCAUAUGUCGACAGUGUCACACAGACUGAAGCUGCAGAGCAGCCUUCAUUGAAGCGGCCGAUAGAUAUCUCAGAAGUUCCACAGGAGCGAAAGAAAAGACCUGGUUUCUUCUCGGCCAACUUUGACGACGACAGUUCCGAGGAUGAAGCCACAGCGACGGAAGAGCCGGUAUUGAAGAAAAGACGCCUGUUUACAGCUGACGCACCGAGUACACCUACAGCUAGGUUUUUGAGCUUUGAUGGUCCAAAUCUACCUUUCUCGCCUAGAAGGACCGGAGAUAUUGCUGCCAGACGCCAGCAACUCCUAAUGAAGGAGCGCGAGGAAGAGAAGAAAAAGGAAGAGGAAGAGGCUCGCGAAAAGGAACGCAAGAAAUUGGAAGAGGAAAGAGAGAAGUUAGAAAGAGAACGGAAGGAGUUUGAGGCCGAGAGAAAGAGAGAGUUGGAGAAUCUUCAGCGCAAAAAGAAAGAGCAAGAAGAAGAAGCAAAGAGAGUGGCAGCGGAGGCAGCAGCCAAAGCAGCAGCAGCAGCAGCCAGCUCUAGCUCAAGUAUGCCAAAGACUAAUGAUGCGUCGCAGUCGAAUUCAUCUCAAAGCUCUACUGGUCUAAGUUUCAACUUUUCUUCCGGGCCUGCAGAGAAGACCACGCCUACGAUCUCGUUUGGUGCAUCGACGACCGAAAAGCCUACAAGUUUCACCCCGGAUAUCACAUUCGGAGCUCCUAGCACUAGCUCUGGUAGUGCAGGCGACGAGAAGAAAGAUGACAAGCCUACUGCUGCACCAUUCUUAUUUUCAUCAAAGCCUUCAGAUUCCAGUGAUAAGAAAGCAGAGUCAGACAAGCCUGCGUUCAAUUUUGGCGCCCCUGCCUCGUCGGCUCCUACUUUGUCAUUCGGAAAUACCGGAGCCUCGUCUUCCUCUGGAUCUUCGCUAGGCGGUGGGGCAUCGUUGGCUUCUUCGUCAACGACACCUGCUUCUAAGCCUGCGUUGCCUUCAUUUUCAUUCUCGACCACGAGUAAGGACUCAGCAGAGAAAGAUGCUGAAAAGUCUUCGGCGACUGCUGCGCCUUCGGUGCCUGCGUUCUCCUUUGGCUCAUCCGCUCCAAAGUUGUCGACAGGCGGAGCUCCCACGUUCACAUUUGGUCAGACUACCACGACAGGUUUCGCCAGUAAACCCCUAGCAAGCGGAUCCGCGACUCCUACUUCGUCUUCCUCGCUACCCACAUUCGGCGCGACAACAACGGCAUCCACAUUUGGAUCUAGCACGGCGGCACCUUCGAUAUUUGGCGCAUCUACCUCGUCUGCUCCAAAGUUUGGAGCAUCAGCAACAUCAGCUGCGCCUUCGUUGUCAUCGACCGCUGCACCUGCCAAGCCAGUUUUCGGCUCGGACAAGCCAGGAAGCGCACCAAGCGCACCAUUUGGUGCUGCGGCUGUAUCUUCAGUUCCGCAGUUUGGUUCUGCGGGUUCUGCCAGUACUGCCUUUGGUGCAAAAUCAAGUACUCCGACCUUUGGAGGCGCUUCGGCUUCAGCGUCCGGAACCAGUACACCAGUGUUUGGAGCGUCGACCAGCAACACAACGGGAUUCGGAGCGUCAUCAGCGUUUGGAAGUGCAAAGCCUACCCCUACUUUUUCGCUUGGUGCGCCUGCUGCUGAUCCUGCGGCCGUGUUUGGUUUCGGAGGUAGUUCGACUUCCACAGCGGUGCCGGCUACGCCGGUCAACAAGCCUGCCACGCCUUCCUUCAACUUUGGAGCUCCUUCGGCAGAUGCUCCCGCGCCAAGUGCCGUGUUUGGAUUCGGGGCGAGUACCCCUGCGCCUGCUGCGACCCCUGCUAAUGGAACCACGACGACCGACAACAACAACAGCGGAAACAUGUUUUUGGCAGCCGCACCGCCCUCAGCAAGCACUCCGGCUGGAAGAAAGCUUGCUCCGAUGAGAAGUCGACGAACCCCUAGACGUUAG